CCAACCUGCUCCUCGGCCCGCCCAGCCCACCACCACCACCAGUACCAGCACCCCUCCUCCACUCAAACGCACCCUCUUUUCUUUCUCUCUCUCCCGCUGUGUGCCAUUCCCUCUCUCUCCCUCUUUCCUUACACUUCCUCCAAGUGGCCAGGGCUCCUCUCUUUUCUCUUGUCCUCUCCACAUCCCUCCACCACUCCUUCUUCUCCCUCCACAGCGACCGUUUCACCGGCUCCAUCUUCACCUCCACAGGUUCAAAACAAAAAAAAAAAAGAAAAGAAAGGAUCUCUUUCCCAAAACUUCCCCUCCAAGCAUCUGUUUGUCCUCACUGGUUUUCCCUGCGGAGAGGCCGGUCGGUGAGUGUGUCUGGCGUGUGCGAGGGUCUCCGGUGUCGUGCUCUUUGCCCCUGAGGGACUCCCCUGAAAGCUUUUUGACCGGAGAGAAGAUCGCAGAAGUUUUUUCCCUCGCAAUGAAAGUUCAGCUGCUGCUCCUCCUGGCCCUGGCCGGCCCUUUCUGUGCCUUCACUCGUGCAAGCCCCACAGAGCUCCCUGAAGUGAUGACGAGAGGGGACUUACCAGAGGAACUUACCACUGUUCUCACCGCUCCCCCUGCGACCGAACUGGUAGCGGCCCCUGAAGAAAUCUCCACAGUGGUUUUCACCGAGACAGCGCCUGCGACCACGGUCAUCGUCGGAGAGGCUGAGACAGAAGGACCCGUUGCCUCUACUGCAGCGGCACCAGAACCCCUCGUCACUGACGCUCCUGUUGUGACCGAGGCUUCAACUGAGGCCCCAGAGGUUCCAGAGGUUCCAGAGGUUUCAGACGUUCCAGCCAAGGCGACAGCGGCCAUGGAGACAAAUGAGGAAGUUGUCGUUGAGGAGGGCUCAGAAGAUGGCCUGAGCUCUGGUCAGGUAGUCGGCAUCGUGAUCGGUGCCCUGCUGGCGGUGGUCAUCGUCAUCGCCGUGGUGAUCGCAGUGGUGAGGAGGAUGGGCAAAUACUCCCCUUGAGGAAAAAGUCGUCCAAGCAGCAGGAGCGCGCAAAGUUCUGGAAAUUCUGAACUACUGAACUGUGAUGUUAUUUCUGAUCAUUAAAACAAGCACGAUGCCAGAACUAAACCAAUCUAACCAGGACUCUGGACUGUUGCCAAAAAACAAACAAACAAACAAAAAAGAAACCGAGGGGGAGGGAGGUUUGUGUGUGUUAAUGUAUAUGCUGCAUGUAUGUGAGACCAGACGGGGUUACAGGAGCCGACAUCCUCGCCUCCCCCGCUACCUCCUUGAUCCCUGGGAGCUGCUGAUAAUAAAAGCCUCCGUCAGCCCCCUUACUCCCUUGAAGAGAACAAAACAAGGUGACAGCAGGAUGUCACAAAGAAUUUCAGGGCUUUUCAAAUGCAUUUUAUAGAGAAAAAGAGAGAGAGGAAGAAGAAGAGGAAGAAGAAGAAGAAGAAGGGGGAUUAUCUGACAUCCAGGGGAAAAUUUUCUCCUUUUAAAGUGAUGUAGCGACUGACUUAGAUUAAUGCUGAAGUUGGAGGAAAGGAAUAUAAAAAUGAAAAAAAUACUGACAAAAAAAUAUAAAUCAAACCCACAAAGAGAGUCAGGAUUAGGAAAGCAGAAAAUACUGUUUGAAAUUCCACAGGAUGUAUAUACAAAGCAAGGGGACUACAUAGUAUACAGCUAAAGACUUUCUCAUCUGUUGCAGUUGCAUAGGUUAGCAUUUGAUAUUAUGGAAUACGCAGUGUGUACAGGCAGCCGUAGGCUAUCGUUGUGGCUAAAACAACCCCUGAGCACCAGCUAGAAGAUCUUCUCACGUAGCCAGAAUCCCCGACAUGUGUUGGCCAACUGUAUGAAGCACCGAGUGCAGAAGUUGUUCCGACAACACAAUCGUGAGGGCGAGCAGCGGAGCAAAAAGCCACCCUCAUUUGCAAGAGUAACGUGACAUUCUGCCCACUUUGACACCGACAUAUAAAACCUGAUACAUAUCUGUGAAAUUCAGCAGAAGGGUUUGUGCCACUGUCUCUGGUAUUCUCUAGCUAGCUAGGAAGAUUUUAACUUUUGAAGUGCAUUAUUAAUGUGAAUUGACUGUACUUUUUAACUGACACCCAUUCCAAAACAAAAACCCCAACACGACUUGUUCAUUAUGAGUUCUCACACACAGCCAGCGAUAGCGAUGUCUUGGCAAUGCAUCCAUAGCAAUUCUGUUAAUAGUUAGAUUACCAGAACAGCCAUCCAGCCUUUAAAUGGAGCUAACCCCACAUUGCAUGCACAGGAUGACGUUUCAUAGUUGCACUUCGCCGCAGUGCACAGUGUUAGGCAGUUUUAUUGUUAUUUUUUGCAUUUGUAAGUGUGCUAAAUGGGGCCUGCAGAUAAUGAAGUCUCAACUCACCCCUGCUUGCUUUACAGACUUGUUUAAUAUGUGCACUGAAUGAGCGGUGUAAUGUUUAAUGAAUAGGCUUUUAGACACUGCAAAUGUUUGCAACGACAUGUGUUUGUUUCCUCCCUUCUGCUUCGCCACGUAUUAUCACUUCUAGGUCUUUAAUUUGUGCCGUCUGAUUCGUUCAAGCCUUUUAUUUAAUUGCAGUGUUUUUGUUCAUACUGUUUCAAUAAAAAAAAUAAAAAAAAAACUGAGAAACACUCCACGGAAAGAUCUCGCUGA